AAGUACUAAUAAUAAUCUCAAACUAUUCUUCUAAAAAAAAAUAAAAAUAAAAUCUACCUCUAAUUAUUCGCCGUCGACACUGCGCUCUCUCCUUCCCUCUCUCCGUGGGAUGACUUCACAUCUCUUCUGCUAUAAGAUGUUGGGAUUUGGCAAAAAAUAAGUAGUAUUGUUUGGGAACAUAUUGUGUUGUUGUGAGAGAAAAAUUGAAGGACAUGGAAGAGCAGUUUAUACUGAGAGUGCCACCAGCUGUUGCCGAAAGAAUUGAGCGACUCUUAAAUGAUUCAUCUGCUUCUUCUGAAGACAAGAACUUGGAUAUGGUGUUUUCUGAGGAUGGAAGGACUGGUACAUUUGUUAUAGGCAAUGACCGCUUCUCUUCAUCCCUCUUGGAUCUUCCUUCCGUUGUAGAGUCGUACAAGACUUACGAUGACAAUGUCUUGAUUAAAACUGCAGACAUUGGUCAAAUGAUAAUGGUGAGAGAUGAGAGUGACGGUGUCCCCGAAGCAGUGGAGUAUAGACACGGACUUACUCCACCCAUGAGGGAUGCUCGAAGGCGAAGAUUUCGUCGAGAGCCAGAUUUAAAUCCCGAGGUUGUCCGUCGUGUAGAGAGAGAUUUGCAGAACAUCAUGGCUGGUGGAACAGCUGAGAGUAUUGGUGUUGAAAUGGUUGAGCCUGAGGAAUAUGGCGACGAAGAUGCUCGCAAUGCGAGUAAGAUGGUGGCAUCUACACCUUUAGCAAAGCCUGAUGCGCCUGAAGCUGGAACGGUUGGUGGGGAGCCUGAUGGGAGUGAUUCUGAUGAGACUGAUGAUUCUAUGUGAACUAAAAGUCUGAAAAUCUGGAUACAUGAAUGGGGAAAAUGCUAUUGGCUUAUUGAAUUAGUGAUGGGAUAAAUUUAUGCCUGCUAUGUCUCCUUUACAAAAUCCUGGUCUCCAACUUCUGUGCCGACACCGGCAGCACAAGGUUCUAAUCGGUACUUAGUGUUUUCUUAUGAAGCUUAGCACAAUUAUUGUUUAUAAAGUUUAGUAACCUUCUUGAUGUAUGAAGGUUUCAGAUUAUUGUAACAUUGGUACAGCUAUGGGAUUUUCUUAGUAAAUGAGACGAGAAUUAUGCA